AUGGCAUAUGAUCGCGACGAAUUCGUCCGUCUUUUGACAGACUAUUACAACUUCUGUAACCGCACUUUCUGGAAUGCCACUAUCGCGCAGGCCCCCGCUGGUGGCUGGCCUUCGGUCAACCAGGAGACCUUGGCCAACCUCAAGAGAAACGACACGGUUAUCGACCUCCUUCGCCACAUUCCCUACGUCGAGUACGCCGAGAACGACCUCAUCCAUACACCUCUCAUCAUGAAAAACACCCCAGUCAUCGACUACCGCCGCGAGGACAUCCAGCAGAAGAUCCGCGAGGGCGAGAUCGAAGGUAUCGCUGCGCCUUUCACUGGGCGAGACCCCGCGAUCCCGCCUUCGUGCGCCGGCAUCGCUAUCUGCAGGGGCAGGAGCGGUUACCAAGUCAUCCUGGACACCGACGACGGCUACAUCUACUGGGGCGACCCGGAAGGACAGCAUGAUGAGCCCGCGCCCGAGCUGAACAGCACCUUGAGACGGUUCGAGGGCGAUGAGGCCAACGAGUGGCGCGCCGGUUUCAAUGUGUACGAGCCUGCCGAGUUCUUCACGAUCUGCAAGGAGCGAUUCCGGGAGAUGAACUGGAUCGGGCUUGGUUCGUGGGACAUGUCCGUGAUGAGGCAGAACAUGAACUGGGAAUAUGAGUCGGAACCCGAUUCUGAUUCUGAUCCUGAGGAUGAUUUCAGCCAUAACAAGCUGGCUAGGAAGAUGAAGAAGGCGGGCUGGCCUGGUGACGGAGAAGGUCGGAACUGGGACCGUCCCAAGUUUGAGAGACUGAUGGAACAGGGCAAUGACGAGGAAGACUAG